CUUUUAACCGUUUUAACCCAAUGCCACCAAGGUUCUAGUAACCAUGUAUAAUGUUUAUGUUUGUAUCUAGGCAUCUGAUAUCAUGGCAAUUAUAUGGUUGUAAGCGUGAGAACUACCAUUACAGGAGUGCUAGCAGAAUUUCGUGAAGGAAAUUGUAAUAUUUUAAUGACAGUUCAUAAGAAGAAAAAAAUCUACAUAUUGCAUAAUUGCCAACUGCUUCUCCUCUCUGCUCUUUAUUUAAUACAAUUAGUUUGAGUGUUACAAUAAUAUUGAGUGAAGUGAAGAUACGUGGAAUGGUAGUUCUAAGUAAUUUUCCACCGCCAACAGACGGUAUCAGGCAUGAACAGCCCUCCACAACUGUCCAUAUUAAUGAUAGAGAGCUCGGUAAAGGUACACUGUUUAUAACAGAAAGCCGUUUGUCGUGGGUCAGCAGUUCUUCAGGACAGGGUUUCUCAUUGGAGUAUCCACACAUUGCCCUACAUGCAGUUUCUCGUGAUCUUCAAGCUUAUCCAUCUGAAUGUCUCUAUAUCUUAGUAGAUACACAAAUAGAUCCAGAUAAUGAUCCUCAUAGUGACUGUGUGGACGAGGAUUCAGAAGUAGGAAUGCAAGAUAUGACAGAAAUGCGAUUUGUCCCGGAUGAUAAAGGCAUGCUUGAUGCCAUGUUCCAUGCUAUGAGUGAAUGUCAGUCAUUGCAUCCAGAUUCUCAAGAUAGUUUUUCUGAGGAUGAGGAAAGCUUUGAGGAUGCUGAUGGAGAAGAAGGAGAAUACCAUCUGAGUGGAGAUGCACCCAUCCCCCUUCACACAGACAGCAGUUAUGAAGGAACUGCAAAUGGUAAUGAUAUUGAAGAUGAACCAAUGGAAAUGGAUGCCGACCAGUUUGAAGAUGCAGAUGAUUAAUGCAUACAGGACAGAACACACUAAUGUGUCUGAAACAAUUAUUCUACUGGAGCAACAUGUUCGUCAAAUUAAUUUAAGAGACUGUAAAUUUAUAAUUCAGGAACUAAAUUGUCAUUUUUACGUUACACUAAUGAGAAUUGGCGGUGUAUUGUCUCUCGAAACUUGAGAAAUAAACAUUUAUACAUAUUGAA